UUUUUUUUUUUUUUUUUUUUUUUUGAUUUAUUGAAGUGUUAAUGAUUUGAAGUUUAAAAUGUGAGAUUAUUUAGACUUGGGGUUAGUGGGUUUAUUUUCGUUUUUAGGUCUAUUCAAAUGGGAGUGUAAAUUUAGGGUUUCUGAUAGUAUUUUUGUGGGGAUUUAAGCUUUCUUCUUAGUUUUAUUAGAGCCGAUUUUGCUUCUCCUUUCCAAUUUCUUCCUCAGUAAUUCGAGAAAUGAAGGAAAACCCCAGUUUUAUUUUUUAUUUUUUUUAUGCUUGACUGUGUUAAUUAAAUAAGAGUAGUAGAGUCUAGGAUUAUGAAUGGUGAUACUAUUUGUCUGCUAAUCACUAUUGACUAAGAGAAGAAAAACAGGAAAAAUUGAUUAUUGUUUGGAAAUAAUUUGCUUUUUGGUGUGUUAUGUUUAAGUAUAUAGUGUUUAAAUGGUAACAUGUGAGUUCAUGACAUAUGCUAGAUCUGUAUAUUGAACAAAGAGAAACAAGUCAGUAUAUCAAAAUCAUGAGUUCCGUGUUCAUUAUACUCUCUACCUUGAUAUAUAUAUAUAAAAAAAAAAACCACAAGUGGCCACCAUUUACUUCCCAUGUAUUUCCCUUUUGCUGAUUCUUUAUUUCCUUUUUUGGCGGCCAACUUGUCGUUAAGGCCUCACUUUUAUACCGCACUUGUAGAGUUGAAACAUUGAAAAAGUUGGAAAAAAGAGAAAAGUUAAAAGUGUUAAGUUUCACCUUUCUUGUUAGAGGAUAGGGAGUUUUUGUUUGGUUAGUGUGCUGAUUGAUUCUCUGAGGAGGGAUAACGUUGUGGAAAAAGUUAAGAGGUGUCUCCAUAUUUGUGAGAAUUUGGGUAGUUUCUAACUAAUGCUUUUCGGAGCAUAAAGGUUAAAGAUUGGUAAUUUUCAUAAGGUAGUAAGAGAGCCACUUAGUAAGUUCUUUUCAUAUGGAAACAGCAAAUUCAUGGUUGAUUCGGUCUGAUCUUAUCUUGCUUGAAAUGUACCUAUGACAAUGGCGGAUUCUCUUGUCAUUAGCUGUUGCUUUUGUUCUUUUUCGGGCUUGUUUAGCGUAAUGGACAUUAUCGAGUUUCCACUAUCUGUAUGAAUGUGCUCUAUCUCUCUCAGUCUCUCCCCUUUUUCCUUCUACGGGCAUGUGCUGGCUGAAUAUCUUGGAAAGUUGUUUGGUUCUUGUACCACCUUUUAGUAAAUUUAUAUGCAUAAGAGAGAAUAAGCAUGGGCUACCAUUAUCUAUCGCUGUUGUUCUAUUGAUUAUCUGCUCGUCACGGGAAUCCUUCUGCCUUAUACUCGUACAAAAAAAAGUCCUCGUUAGAAAUACCUGAUGGGAUCAACCAUAUCAGAAUAUGACCUCGGGGGAGAAGGGGAUCUCUUUAAAGCUCCACAACCAAUUCUUGAAGAACCUUUGAUGGGCAUUGAUCCUGUGACUGCUGCUAUUUCUAUGAUUUCUUGUUCAGAAGAUGCCAUCUCCCCGCAAGGACUCAAAGUUUCGGAUCUAGAAACUUCUUUUGAGAAUGAACAACUCCUGAGCGAAGUUUUUUAUGAAUGCAAUAAAGAUCUAUUUGGAAAAGAUGCAAUUGAUAUAACGUUCUCUGAAGCCUUGGACAUGAAAAUUCCUAUUGUGAAGCCUGAUGGAAACCUGACUGCAGAUGAAAACUUGGUUUCUGAGGGAUCCUUCCAGAAAAGUGUUAGUUCAGGGUGUUUAAGCUCCAUGGAGUGGAUACAGGCGGCUCCAGUGAGGCCAAAUUUUAUAGAUUUUGGUGGAAUGGACUUUGGAGCUGUUUAUGGUAUGCGAAGAGCAUUCAGUGAAGGAGACAUAAAGACUCUGGGUAAUGGCAACAUAAAUCUGAUCCAUUCUCCACGGGGUCAACCACAGAUUGUCGGAGCAUCCACUUCUGAAGUUCGCAAGGAACAGCUCACUAGAUACAGGAACAAGAAGAAUAAAAGGAAUUUUGGCAGAAAAAUCAAGUAUGCUUGCAGGAAGGCAUUGGCUGAUAGUCAACCAAGGAUCCGUGGAAGGUUUGCAAAGACUGAAGAAAUCGAAACAUGGAAGAAGCAUUAACUGUUAACUGUGUGCAUGAGUUGGAAGAAAUAUAGUAAGGUAGUAAUGGGAAAGUAUUCACUGGUUAUAUUAGCUGCUGAUAUAAAUAGCAAAUGGAAGCUAGCUAGCUUUAGAAUAGGAUCUGCUCAAAUAAGCUGGGGAUCCAUCCAACAUGUUGCAAGUCUGUUAAAUCUUUGGGUAGUGGCAAUAAUCUUUGUAGAUUAGACAAAACCAACUAGUCUUGUAUAUAGUGUUUGUUAAAUAAAACUCCGUAACUUUGUUAUUAA